CGUCGUCUACGGUCUGUGAAGACAACACGACACUCUGGCAUUCUUUGAAUAAUUGAUUCGUUUCAGACACGUUUAUUAAUUAGUGUUUUUAUCUGUAAGACAAUUUGCCGAGUAGUUGUAACGACUGAUUCUACUUGCAGCCGUAACGACCAGUCUGACCCGUUUCCUUGAGCCGCUAGGUGGCGUCAACUCCCCUUGCUACUUUCCGGUUGGUUCGGCUGGGUUGGUUCCAGAUUAGCAGACGACUUGACGUUAAAUUACGUUAUUUAGAAUCAAGCGGCCUCGUCGGAACAAUAUCCUAAUGGGCGCCCACCGGAGCGAGGGACGCCGGGACUGGCUGGAGCCUGACGGCGGAGAGGAGCCGGUCCAGGCGGCGAACCCAUGGAACCUGAUGAUCAAACACAGACAGGUCCAUCGUCGAGGACGACGCUCUCACAUGACUGUCAGUUACUCAGACCCAGUGGUCUCCAUGGACCUUUUGAGGGCGGUGCUUCAGCCCAGCUUUAAUGAUGACAUCAUGGCAGUGUUCAGGAAGUAUCAGAAGUUCUUUGAGAAGGCAGCCGAGAAUGUGAAGGAGAAUGUUGGAGAGGAGGUCCAGGCAGACCUGCUGAUCAGAGACGCCUGUCGGAACAUUCUGGAACAUGCUAAGCAGCUAUUCCCAGAGGCAGAGAUGAAGAUGACUCGUCCAGGGUCGGAGAUCAACAUUAAUGUUAAGAGAUGCAGACAGGCUGAUGAAGACUCCAGUCAGCGAGGCAGUCCAGUUCCUAAGAAGAGAAAAGGUCGCCCAGCUGCUGUUGUUGUCACAGACACUUCUCUGAACUACAGCACACAGGCCAAGCCUAAAACCACGGAGCCAGUCAGAAGAGACGGUCCAAAGUGGGAUCCCUCCAGACUAAACCACAGCAGCACCUUCGUCCUGGGUUCACGAGCCAAUAAGGCACUUGGCAUGGGCGGCACCAGAGGAAGGAUAUACAUUAAACACGCUGAUCUGUUUAAGUAUGCUGCUGAUGCUCAGGACAAACACUGGCUGGCAGAGAGACAGCAUAUGAGAGCCACAGGAGGCAAGAUGGCCUACCUGCUGAUAGAAGAAGACAUCCAAGACUUGGCUCGCAGUGACGAAUAUAGAGAUUGUCCAGAUCUGAAGAUGGAUGAAUUAAAGCCUUUCUCCGUCCCUCCCUGGAUGGUAGAGAAGAUGCAGCGUGCAAUGGAAGCUCAGAGAGCAGAGAGCCAGUGAGGAAGAUGAAGAGGAAGAGGCUGUUUAAGAUUAGAGUCACAUGGCUUCAUGUAUUUCCCCUGCAGGCCGGUGUGCUAGAUGUUACGCUUCAGCCUCAUCAGUAAAAUCCUGUUUUACCA